AAAAAGUUCACACAAAACAGCAUGUCCAUACACCUGAUGUGCCUUACCUCUGAUGGUGGUGUACCGAUUUACUCGAAGAAAAGAGGCGACAGUGAAAAUCUUCCCUUUUCAACGAUCGCUUCACUGAAUGGUGUGCACAUGUUUUGCAAAUCGCAGGGUGUUGAUCUUCCCAUCACCUACCUGGAGGAUAGUAUGAUCAUGUGGAAAGAGUUCGAGGGUACGAUCGUGAUGAUCGGCAUUGCGCGAGAUAUUACGGAGAAGACGCUACGUCAUCUGCUGGAUUACUCCUACCAAGCGAUGGUGUUUUGCGUUGGCAUACAUUCGAUUAAGAAGAUUAAAAAUAUCGAUCGUUUUAAGCGAGAGCUAAAGAACUAUUACCCACUGAUCGAUCAGCUGCUCGAGGUGGUUGAGAGUGAUCUCUUCCGAUACGUCGAUUGUGUGCUGUGCUCGGAAAGUAUGGGAAUGCUGACCAAGUUGAACGAAUUUAGCGUCCAGAUUGGAUCACCGUUUUGUGCCAUUCUGGUCCGCCAGAGGAUCGCUUGCGGUACCGAAGGAUGGUGGGAUUUGGAUGUGAUCGAUCGGAAACUGCUAAUGCUGCUAUUGAACGCUUCCAGCACGAUCCAGCAAGAUGUGCCGGUUUAUUUGCCGAAAAAAUCACCCAGCAUAGCGUAUCGCUUCAUAAGCAUUCCACUGACGCAGGGAGUCAGCAUCUGUGCGCUAUGUGGCGCAGAACCAAAGUAUGAUGUGCUGCAGGGGUUAAGCCAACAGUUCUGGAUGAGUGAGCUCGACAUGUUGAUAGCCGCCGAGCAAAAGUAUCCAAAAAGCUUCCCGACUGGUGUUGAGCUAGACGCACACAUUUUAGGCUUUUUGUUGCUAAAUCGUGAACAUGCGAAGUACGUCAUGUCACGAGGCGUUGCACAAUCCCUCAACAAUAAUCCGGGUGGAAAAUCACGUUCAGGGACAAUGAUGUCUAGCGGUGCGUCUUCUGGUCAUCAUCGGUUGGACAUUCUUAGAUCGUUCUUCCAUCAGUCGGUCGACGUGAUGGAGGACACGCUGCGGGAAGGCGAUCGGGUGAUAAACUUCGAACAGUACUGGUGUUCCGACUAUCACAAAUGUCAUGCUCUGAUAGAGGGAAGCAACGUUCUUUGUGUGCUGUACACGUCAGCCAUACCGACGCACAUCAUGCGGAUAGUAACACAAAAAACACUGAACACGUUGAUAUCGGAUAAGGAUGUGUGCUGGUAG